AUGCUAAUCUUCAACCAUUCCGGCUUCAUGACCUUCACUCUGAUGGGCAUACCUGGCUUAGAGUCACAGAACUUAUGGCUAUCUGUUACUUUCUUCUCCAUGUUUUUGGCUAUCCUCAUUGGCAAUGGUGCUAUCCUCUUCCUGGUGGUCAUAGAGCCCACACUUCGCACACCCAUGUACCUGCUCCUGGCUCUGCUGUUGGUGGCUGACCUCAUAUCCACUCUGGCCUUGGUGCCCAAGCUUCUCUUCCUCUUCUGGUUCAAUGAUCGGGACAUAACUGCCAAGGCCUGUUUCACCCAGAUGUUUUUCAUCCAUGGAACAUCGGUGGUGCGAUCAGCCAUACUUGUUGCAAUGGCCUUUGACCGCUUUGUGGCUGUGUGUGUGCCAUUACGGUACAACACAAUUAUGAGCCAUUCCCUAGUUGGACGCCUGGGACUGCUGGCUCUAGCUAAGGGGAUGAUUCUUGUCCUCCCCGUUCCCUUUCUCGUUCAAAGGUUGACCUUCUGCCGUACAGUAAUUCCUCAUAGCUACUGUGAUCACAUGGCUGUGGCAAAAAUGGCCUGUAACCACACCAGACCUAAUCGUAUAUAUGGGCUCUUUGUGAUCCUGCUUGUGGUGGGACUUGAUCUGCUGCUCAUUGGCUUCUCUUAU